AUGGUGGAGAGCACUCAGCAUGGGGGCCAGGGGCCGCCACAGAUGAAAGAGGAAGUAGGGACCUUGGCUAGCAGCGGUAAUCACAUCCAUCGAUCGAGAGGGCCCAGCGAAGGCCCCCGAUCCGCUCUCUAUCAAAGAGCAGAUGCCCUAACCUAUCUUUACCUUUGCCCCCUCACAGAGUGGCGCCAGGGCAGAGGUCAGCGUACGAUCCUGAUGGAUGAAGACCUCUCUACCAAGAUUGAGAGCGACUGGAAGAGACUCAACAUGCUUGCUCACUACCAGGUGCCUGAUAACUCUGUGAUGGCCCUGGUCCCCAAGCAGGUGACGGCCUACAACUCGGUCAACAACUCAACUGUGUCCAGAACCUCAGCCAGUAAAUACGAGAACAUGAUCAAGUACACGGGGAGCCCCGACAGCCUGCGCUCGCGCACGCCCAUGAUCACGCCCGACCUGGAGAGCGGGGUCAAGGUGUGGCACCUGGUGAAGAACCACGAACACGGGGACCAGAAGGAGGGAGACCGCGGCUCCAAGAUGGUCUCUGAGAUAUACCUGACCAGGCUGCUGGCCACUAAGGGCACUUUACAGAAGUUUGUGGACGACCUGUUUGAGACCAUCUUCAGCACGGCCCACCGAGGCAGCGCCCUGCCCCUGGCCAUCAAGUACAUGUUUGACUUCCUGGAUGAGCAGGCUGACAAGCACAGCAUCCAUGACCCGCAUGUCAGACACACAUGGAAAAGCAACUGCCUACCUCUGAGGUUCUGGGUGAAUGUGAUCAAGAACCCCCAGUUUGUGUUCGACAUCCACAAGAGCAGCAUCACGGACGCCUGUCUGUCUGUGGUGGCCCAGACCUUCAUGGACUCCUGCUCUACCUCAGAACACCGCCUGGGCAAGGACUCCCCCUCCAACAAGCUGCUCUACGCCAAGGACAUCCCCAGUUACAAGAGCUGGGUGGAGAGGUGAGAGGAUGAUGG